AUGGAUUUCCUAGCUCAAUUCAAACCCACUUCGAUCGCUCCCAUCCCAACCACGACCAUCUCAAUCUCACCUCCCGGUGGUACUCAUACUCACCAUGGAGGUAGUCAUGGCCAUUUACCUUUACCUACCGAUACUUUCCCUACCCCCGAUGUUCACUAUAUCCACGCAACUCACGUAGGACACACUGCCCUCUGGGUCAUUUUCGCCCUUUUCACCAUUGGUUUAUUGGGUGUUCUUCUCAUGACUGUCCGAACCGAAAAGAGAAACAGGUUCUUCCACGGUGUAUCAGCCCUCGUUCUUACUAUCGCUAUGGUUUCUUACCUUGCAAUGUCAGUUGGUUUGGGAGUAUCUUAUAUCCCUAUUCACAAUCAUGGAGUUCAAGGAUCACUUCAUCAUUUCUUCAGACAACUUUAUUGGGCAAGAUAUGUAGAUUGGUUGUUCACUACUCCACUCUUACUUCUUUCAUUGUCUUCCCUCGCUGGUUUGUCUCCAGCAAGUACACUUGCCGUCAUCCUCACAGACGUAUUCAUGAUCGUUACUGGACUUUUGUCAGCUGUCACUCCAGCGAGAUGGGCAGAUGGUGAAAGAUCAAGAUGGGCCUUCUUCGCUGUUUCCUCUGUAUCUUUCCUUAUCCUUUGGGGCAUCCUGUUUGUCAAUGGUAUGAAAGCUGCCAACAAUAGACCUAGAAGUACCAAAGGUCUUUUCACCCUUCUCGCUGCUAUGACUUUCGUCCUCUGGAUCGCUUAUCCAGUCGUAUUUGGCCUCAGUGAAGGUGCCAACAAGGUUAGCGUCGAUGCUGAAAUAAUCGCUUACGGCGUACUUGAUGUCGCCGCCAAACUCGGCUACACCUAUCUACUUCUCUUCCUCCACUCCCACGACGAGCAUGGACCAUGGACCUUACCUGAAUGGUGGGUCGAAUCACCUCAAGUCAAUGGACCCGAUGGAAGAGGUGCCUACGGUUCACUCGGCCGAGACUAA